AUGGCUUCCCUACAAGCCCAUCGAGGCGACACAGAUGCCGACGAUGGCCAGCCAGAGUCUUCAUCGCGCGCCUCGCUCUCCUCCGCUUCCACCACUAGCCUUGUCUUUGACCGCCUGCAAGACGAGGUCGAGAAGCAUCCCUCCGACCGCAAGACAAGCUACCGCGAUGCCGACACAAAGUACAAGCCCUUCCGCGACGACGAUGACGACGAUAGCAACGAACAUGAUCUAGAGAGCGGCCCUUUUCUGCCCCAAUCUGGCACUCGCGCCAGCGUCAGUGCUACCAUUGGCAAGCAGAUUCCCAUGGACCGCAGCCUGAAGCGUGUGCUCUUCAUCGCCUUUACUGCCCUCGUCGCAUUUUGGUGCCUUGGUCUGGCACUAUUUCUAUUUACCGGCGGCCACAAGCAUGCAAGCGAAAGCGAGCACGAUCCAGACGCCAACUCGCGAGGCUCCGGCAAGGCCGUCACCCUCGACCAGGUCCAAUCCGGAUACUGGUACCCCAACUCCCAAUCCAUUAGCUGGGUUGCUAGCCCAGACGGUCAGGAUGGCCUGCUCCUCGAGCAAGGCACCAGCGACCUCGGUCACUUGGUUGUUGAAGAUGUACGCAACAGCCAGGACACACCCGAAGCUGCUGCCAACGCUGUCAGAGCCCAAGUUCUCAUGAAGGAAUCCUCCUUCAAGUAUGACGGCAAACAGUUCUAUGCUACAAGGCUCACUCCCAGCCCGGACCUCAAGAGUGUCCUCAUCGCUGUCGAACAGCAAAAGAACUGGAGACACUCAUUCACUGCUGUAUACUAUAUCCUGGACGUCGAGACGCAAGGUAUACAGCCGUUGGUCCCCUGGGAGGAUGACGUCCGCGUCCAGCUCGCCACCUGGAGCCCUCAGAGCGACGCAAUUGCCUUUACCCGUGACAACAACAUGUACAUUCGUCAUACCAAAGGCAGCAAACAGAUCGUUCAAGUCACAAAGGACGGGGGCCCCGAAUACUUUUACGGUAUUCCGGAUUGGGUGUAUGAAGAAGAGGUCUUCGGCGGAAACAGCGCUACCUGGUGGUCUGCUGACGGCAAGUAUCUUGCCUUUCUGCGCACCAACGAGACUGGCGUGCCCGAGUAUCCCGUCCAGUACUUCAGAUCAAGACCUAGCGGCAGCAAGCCCGCUGAGGGCGAAGAGGCCUAUCCUGAUGUCGUCAACAUCAAGUACCCCAAAGCGGGCUCCCACAACCCAGUCGUCGACCUCCUCCUGUUUGACGUUGACGCAGGCGAGGUCUUUUCUGCGCAUACCGAGGGCGAGUUCUCUCCGGACGACCGCAUCAUCAACAAUGUCCUCUGGGCUGGCGACAAACUCCUUGUUAAGGAGACGAAUCGGGUAAGCGAUUUUCUCAAAGUCCUUCUCAUUGACGUGUCCAAUCGCAAAGGCAAGGUGGUCAACUCGGUCAACGUCAACGACAUUGACGGCGGCUGGUUUGAAAUCUCACACACCAUGACCUACGUCCCCGCCGACUGGUCCAAGGGCCGCAGGUACGACGGCUACAUUGACGGCAUCAUCCACGAUGGCUACGAGCACAUUGGCUACUUCACCCCCCUCAACAACAGCGAGCCGGUCCUCCUGACCUCGGGUCCGUGGGAGGUUGAAAACGCGCCCUCUGCCGUUGACCUCGACAACAACCUGGUGUAUUUUGUCGCCACCAAAGAAUCCUCCAUCCAGCGCCACGUCUACUCGGUCAAGCUCGACGGGUCUGAGCUAGCGCCCUUCACCGACACGUCCGAGGCGGCCUACUAUGGCGCCAGCUUCUCCUCGGGCGCCGGCUACGCGCUGCUCUCCAACCGCGGCCCCAAGGUGCCCACGCAGCGGAUCGUCGCCACGCCCUCCAACGCCGCCUCGUACAGCCGCGUGCUCGAGGACAACGCCGAGCUUGCCGACCGCGCGCGCAAGCACGCGCUCCCCCUCCUCAACUACGGCACCGUCAACGUCUCCGACGGUGUCGCCCUCAACUACGUCGAGCGGCGCCCCCCGCACUUUGACCCGAGCAAGACGUACCCCGUGCUCUUCCAGCAGUACUCGGGCCCCAACUCGCAGACCGUCACCAAGCGCUUCGCCGUCGACUUCCAGUCGUACGUCGCCGCGAACCUCGGCUACGUCGUCGUCACCGUGGAUCCGCGCGGCACCGGCUUCAAGGGUCGCGCGCACCGCGUCGCCGUCCGCGGGCAGCUCGGCGUCGUCGAGGCGCAGGACCACAUCGCCGCCGCGCGCCACUUCGCCGCCCGGCCGUACGUCGACCCCGCCCGGCUCGCCCUCUGGGGCUGGUCCUACGGCGGCUUCCAGACGCUCAAGACGCUCGAGGCCGACGCCGGCGCCACCUUCUCCUACGGCAUGGCCGUCGCGCCCGUCACCGACUGGCGCUUCUACGACUCCAUCUACACCGAGCGCUACAUGCGCACCCCGCAGGACAACCCGGACGGCUACACCGCCGCGCGCGUCGGGAACAAUGCUACCGCUCUGGGAGGGGUUGUCCGCUUCCUGCUCAUGCACGGCUCCGCGGACGACAACGUGCACUUCCAAAACUCCCUCACCCUCCUCGACGACCUCGACCUCGCGGGCGUCGAGAACUUCGACGUCCACGUCUUCCCGGACAGUGACCACAGCAUCUCCUUUCACAACGGCAACAAGAUUAUGCCCGUCCCUCUGAUGAACUUGCUGAAUUAUCCGCUGACGCAAAAAAACGUAGAACUCAACAAUUGGCUCAUCAACGCUUUCAACGGGGAAUGGCUCAAGGUCGCCCAUCCCAAGCCUAACCCCGUCAGGCGCUUCUUGGAGAGACUGGGCUUGUGA